CGGGGCCGGGGCGGGGCGCGCGACAGCACCGGGCGGCGAUGGCGGCUGACGGGGACUGGCAGGAUUUCUAUGAGUUCCAGGAGCCGGCCCGGAGCCUCCAGGACCAGGAAAACUGUAACGCGAGCCCCGACUCCGGGGCAGGGCCGGACGGGGGAGGCGAUGGCUUCCGGGCGCUGGCCUGCAGCUUGGAGGAGAAACUGAGCCUGUGUUUCCGCCCCUUGGGUCCUGGCGCCGAGCCCCCGAGGGCGGCGGUGCGGCCCAUCACCGAGUGCAGCCUCCUGCAGGGGGACGAGAUUUGGAAUGCCCUGACAGAUAAUUACGGAAAUGUCAUGCCUGUUGACUGGAAGUCAUCCCACACCAGGACCUUGCAUUUGCUUACUCUGAACCUCUCAGAAAAAGGGGUGAGUGAUGGCCUGCUCUUUGAUACCUCAGAUGAUGAGGAGCUGAGAGAGCAGCUGGAUAUGCAUUCGAUCAUCGUCUCCUGCGUCAAUGACGAGCCCCUCUUCACUGCAGACCAGGUGAUUGAAGAAAUCGAAGAAAUGAUGCAGGAGUCACCAGACCCAGAAGACGAUGAAACGCCCACCCAGUCAGAUCGGCUGUCAAUGCUUUCCCAGGAAAUUCAAACUCUUAAGAGGUCUAGUACAAGCAGUUAUGAAGAGAGAGUGAAAAGGCUGUCAGUAUCUGAAUUAAAUGAACUGCUGGAAGAAGUUGAGACGGCCAUCAAGGAGUACUCGGAAGAGCUGGUGCAACAGCUGGCCCUGAGAGAUGAACUGGAGUUUGAAAAGGAAGUGAAGAACAGCUUUAUUUCUGUUCUCAUUGAAGUGCAGAACAAACAGAAAGAGCACAAAGAAACAGCCAAAAAGAAAAAGAAACUCAAGAAUGGCAGCUCUCAGAAUGGCAAGAAUGAGAGAAGUCACAUGCCUGGCACAAACUUUUCUCGAUGACUCUUCCUCCAGUGCAGAAUUGACAACUCUCUCCUUCUUCUGGGGUUAGUAUUAUUCCUCUUAAUUUUUUCUGUGAGUACUCAGACCAUAUUGCAAAUUUUUGUUUUCAUGUCUGUUUCUGUAAUGGUUCCCUAAGGAUAGAAAAUGUAACUUUAUUUUCAUGGUACUUCUAGGUCCCAUAUUAGGUACUCAAUAAAUUUCUAAUAAAUAUACAAACCUGUAUUUUUACUUUGGAUCUUUCUGCCAGGUGCCAAACCCAGGGAAGCUGAACAGCAUAUUGAUGGUGAACUUUGGGUUAAGAUCUGUGUUUGAAUCCUGAUUCUGCCACAGCUACAUACCCUUUGAGGGAUUAAACACAAUAAUGUAUGUAAGACUAGCAUCUAUCCUGAACAAAGGCUAGUUGUAUGCCUAACUAUUUACUAGACAUUCCUCCCUGAAUAUCUUGUGGGUAUCUGAAAUUUAUCUUAUCAGGCUAAAGUUACCAUUUUCUUAAAGAUGAAUUUGUUUCUAACACAUUUCUUUUGGUUAGUGAAACUAAUCCUCUCAUUCACCAAAACCAGUGCAGUUUCUAGGUCAAAGAAUAUGCAGUUUUAAACAACCGUUUUUUUCAAAUUGUCCUACAUAAGUGUAACCCAGGAACAGCAUAAAUGGGUGGCCAUUUCUCCAAACCUCCAAUUUAUGAUGGAUGUUAUUAGCUUUCUCAUAAUACUGAUCUGAUAGGCAAAUAGUGGUUCCAUCUACUGACUGUUUGGAUUCUUUUUUGAGUUGCCUAUUAUGUCACAUUUGAGAUUUAUUUAUAAAGGUGCACAUGCUUUUGAUGUCCUAGUACCAUACUCUACUGUAAUCAUUGGCUUAAGUCACUCCUUAGAAAGAGUGCAGCCUUCCCAAAGGCUCAUUCAUGUUGUUUCCCCAGCACCUCACCUAAUUUUUCACUUAAUGCAUGUUUAUUGAAUUGAAACUUCACUGUAAAGGAGAUGGAAUCCCAGAGGAUUUGGAUUUGUGGUAUUUGAAUUAUUGUUCUAUCAGGGAUUUUUUUUGGGGGGGCAGUCUUCUGUUUAUGUCAGAUAGAUCGACAGGCCAUUGAAUUUCAGUGGCAGUUCGCAUGAAUACAAGAACAGCUAUCUUUAAAUUGGUAAUUUAAUGUAGUAGUGGUUGUCUUUACAACCUCAGAUAACUCCAGAUGACGACCAUUACUAAAUUAAAUUACCUGACUAAUAUGAUACGUUAGUAGGCUUGUAAGAAUGAAAAUGGACAUACUUCCUCCUUGAGAAUCCAAUGUUUGUAAAUUAAAAGUCAUAUAGGAAGCUUGCUUAUUUGAAGUUAAGGAUUGAGAAGAUGGGAAUCUAUAGUAUCUUUUCUGGUGGCUGUAUUACACUGAACUUUCAAGAGAGAGUUCUAGUGUGUUGCUGUCACCACCAGCAAAAAGUAUAAUUGCUUCAAUCUAACCUGAAGAGGUUAAUUCUGAAAACGUUUGGGAUAUUAGCAAUCAGUGACUCCAUUUUAAAGAGAGUCAUAUUAUACUAAUUUCUUGCUUUUAGUGGUUGGAGAGAAACUGCUUAAGAACUGGGGGCAGCUAGGGCUUGAACAAUAGAUAGUCUUUCUUGUAUAUAUUUUUCUUGGACAGAUGCAUAGGUUCAUCUGUCUUGAUGACUCACUGAGUUCAUAUUAUGACUAAUAGUCAACUGUUUUCCCUUUUACAUGCAAAAAUGCCUCAGUAGUAGUUUUUCAUUUAAUCUUGACUAAAACUGACUGUAAGGGAAGAGAAAUGUAUUUUAUUUAGACAGCUACUAUUAGAUUGUCCUGAAGUUGUUCUAAUUUAUGCUAGCAGUAAGCCUAGAAGGAAUUGUUCUGGCAUAACUACUUGAAUUUGGUGCUUUUUAAAAUAACAUGGACUGGAGUUCCUGUCGUGGCACAGUGGAAACGAAUCAGACUAGGAACCAUGAGGUUGCGGGUUCGAUCCCUGGCCUCAGUCAGUGGGUUAAGGAUCCAGCGUUGCUUUGAGCUGUGGUGUAGGUCGCAGAUGUGGCUCGGAUCUGACACUGCUAUGGCUCUGGCAUAGGCUGCCAGUUGUAGCUUCAAUUCGACCCCUAACCUGGGAACCUCAUAUGCUUGCAGGUGUGGCCCUAAAAAAAGAAAAAAAUAAAAUAAAAUAAAAUAAAAUAACAUGGACCUGGCUUCUUGUUGUUGUUUCUUUUCAAUUUGGAAUUUUAAAAUUUCAUAUUUGCUCAGUUGAUUUAGCCCAGGGAUUGGCAAGGCAAAUUACUGCUUGAGGGCCUAAUCAACCCUCUGCUGGUUUUAUAAAUAAGGUUUUAUUAGAACAUCCAUGUCAUUUCAUUUACAUGUGGUCUGUAACUGCUUUGGUUAUAGGACAGAGUUUACUGGGACAGAGUUGAAUAGUUGUGGCAGAUACUGUGAGGCCCACAAACCUAAAAUAUUUACUCUCUAGCCCUUUAUGGAAAGUGCCAACCCCCAAUGUAGACUAAACUUGAUAAAAUUGAAAGUUAGAAGAAAAAAGGUAUAAACUCCCAUUUAAGUGAAUUUUAUAGAUAAAAGGAUCAUUAUAUUAUGAGUUUUGUAGAUAAAAGGAUCAUUAUAUUGUGACUACAAUUUAUUAUAAACAUACCCUUGUUUUUUCCUAAGAGUGUUGAGUUAUUUCUUUCCUCAGGGCCCCACCAGCAGCCUGAGUUGUACCUGCAGAAGGUGAUGCCAUCCAUCUCCAAGCGACUUGCCACAGGCAUCCUGCCUACCGACAGACCUUUGUGCUGUGUGUGUCAGAUUCUCAGUAGCUAAGUGAUGAGAGCCAGCAG